AUCAAUAUUUUUGAAAUGCUAAACGAAUUGGGCGAGUUAAAUUUUCAAAUAUCUUUCCUAAUAUUAUUAACUUUUUGUAUCAGCAAUAAUUUUGCAUUAGUUCUAGGUAACUAUUUAGAGGAUAAUUACCCCAAAUCGGUUAUAGAAGAUGCACAUUUGGAUACGGCUCAACUUAUCGAAAAAUAUAAGUAUCCCUUGGAAACACAUUAUAUUACUACAGAUGACAAUUAUAUACUGUGCUUGCAUCGCAUACCAAAGCCCCAAGGUCCUCCCGUUUUGUUUAUGCAUGGUCUAUUAGAUAGUUCAGCCAGCUGGGUAAUAAUGGGACCUAAACAAGCAGCAGCUUGUUACUUCUUCGAUAAUGGCUACGAUGUCUGGUUGGGUAAUGCUCGUGGUAAUCGUUAUUCUCGCAAUCACACUACUCUCAAUCCCAAUUCAGAUGACGAAUUUUGGACUUUUAGUUGGCAUGAAAUUGGUUACUAUGAUUUGCCCAUAAUGAUAGAUCACAUAUUGGCUAGGACCGGCUUCAAGAAAUUAGGUUAUUUUGGUCAUUCACAGGGCACAACAGCCUUUUGGGUUUUAUGUUCUCUACAACCACAGUAUAAUGAUAAAAUAACCAUAAUGCAAGCUUUAGCACCGGUGGCAUAUUUGAAACAUGUUAGAACUCCUUUUGUAAGUCAAUUUUAUGAAUUUACCAAAGCCUCCAAAGAUCGUGUAAGAGAAUUUUUACCACACAAUGAAAUGAUGUUGCAUAUGUGUUUUACUUCGAAAAUAGCAGAAAAUAUGUGUGUUCAAUUUUUAAAUCAAAUGCUGGGAAAUGAUAAUGGGCAAACAAAUUUGGCCAGGUAUCCCGUAAUUGUUGGCCACGUCCCAGCCGGCUGUAAUCUCAAGCAAUUUGUUCACUAUCUCCAACUAAUAGAGAGUAAUCGUUUCUGUCAAUAUGAUUAUGGCAGAGAAGAAAACAUACAACGUUACAAUCAAAGCUCACCGCCAGACUAUCCUCUGGAAAAGAUUACAGUACCUGUGGGCCUGCAUUAUGCUUACAAUGAUUACCUAAACAGUCAUAUAGAUGUGAAGCAGUUGGCGGAAACUCUACCGAAUGUUGUUCUCAAUAAUUUGUAUCCUUAUAAGGACUGGAAUCAUGUGACCAUGAUUUGGGGUAAAGAAGCUAGAAAAUUGACACAGGAACCAAUGCUGAAGUUAUUGAAGAAAUUUCCUUACGAAUAGCAAUCUAUAUUAUAUAAGAAUCUAGAUUUUAUGAAAUUAAAAGUUGCUCAAGGAUACUACCACUUUGAAAUAAAGGACUUAAACUAUAGGUUUGGAUCUUAAUAGAG